AUGGGCCGGCUAGGCUGGGACCGCAGGUACAUGGAAUUUGACCGCAUCUACGCAAGCGCAGAAGCGAGAUGGAGGACCGCAGAAGCGGUGAUUGGCACAGGUGCGAUGGAGGCUCCACAGAUGCGGACUCGCAGAAGCGGCGAGGUGCCCCCAGAGUGGAGGAUGGAUCAAAGCACUGUUAGUCAUGAGAGGAUGCAUCUCAUGACUUUCAUGGAAGUAGCCAAGCCUAAUUGGUACGUCCCUGCUAUUGCCAUUGAUUCCUACACUGAGUUCCUCAAGGAAUUGGACAAGGGUAAUAUUGAGAACGUCCGUGCUCCUGCUAUUGCCAUUGAUUUCAAGGCUUAA